UAAUUUGUUUUCCAAUUUCAGAAAAGUAAAUUCACUCGGUGUUUCUGUUCACUGGUGAUGGCUUCUUCAUCCUCGUCUGUGAUGACGUUAGUCAUCAAUAAGCUAAAUGACGUCAUUCUUCUGCUCUCAGAUGAGAUCGGAAAGCAAUUUUCCGAUACCAUAAAAAAAUUGAGGAAACUGGAAAACACACUGAACGCAAUCGGAUCCGUGGUUGAAGAUGCAGAAUUAAAGCAAUUAGGAGACGAUGAAAUCGGUGAUUUUCUUGAUCGGAUUAAAGACUUGGUGUACAAAAUCGAAGAUUUGCUGGAUGAAUUGGUCUUAUUUCUUCAACACAAGAGAGAAGGUGAUUUUAAUCCUAUAAGUAUUAGUAAUGUUUGUUCUUCAGUUGCUCCGUCUUUAAGUUGUGCUUUUGUGCUUUUUGAUAAAUCUAAAAAAUUAUCGAGUUUAAGGAGGAAAUUAGAAAAAAUGAAAUCAGAGAGUUUAGAUCUUGAAUUAAAUAGUGAGUUACCAGGACAUCCAGAUGAUUCAUGUACACAUAGUUAUCGUAAUUUCUGUGAAGAUGAUGAUUUUUUUUGUGGUCGGGAAUCAGAUAAGGAAAAUAUUAAGGAAAUGUUAUUAGAAGGUGAUAAAUCACAAGGUGUUAGAGUCAUAAGUAUUGUUGGAAUGGGUGGACUUGGCAAGACGACUCUUGCUCAACUUGUGUAUAAUGAUGACAAGGUGAAAAAACAUUUUGAUACUAGACUCUGGAUUUCUGUACCUCAAACUGCUGCAUCUUAUCUGGAGAUGACUGUGAAGAGUAUAUUGGAUGCUCUACCGUCUUGUGAUAAUGAUGAUUCUACUUCUCUUUGUGGUGAUUUGAAUGGUGCUGAUAUGCGUAGUCCUUCGACUCUCUUGGCCGAACGUAUUAAACAUAAGAAAUUCUUACUUGUUUUGGAUGAUGUCUGGAAUGAGGAUAUCCGCGAUUGGCAACAUCUGAAGAGCCUUCUUGUUGCUGCUCCUGGAAGCAGCUUACUGAUCCUCACGCGCAAUAAAAUGGCUGCCUAUUUGAUGAGCACGACGAUUCUUCAUGAGCUACAGCCUUUAUCCAAGGAGUUGGCUUGGGAAUUGUUUUGUCGAAAUGCUUACGGGAAACAGGGCAAUGAUGCUGAUGCAGUGAAACCUUUUGAAGACAUCGGAAGGAUACUUUAUCAGCGUUGCGACGGCGUCCCUCUUGCGCUAAAGUGUCUAGGUGGUCUGCUUCGCACAAAAACAACCAGACAGGAAUGGGAAGAUGUUAUGGAAAGUGAUAAAUGGGAGCUGCUAGAGAUGGAACCAAUCCUGCCGGCUCUUUACUUCAGCUACUACAGUUUGCCACCUAUUCUCAAACUCUGCUUCUCUUAUACCGCCCUAUUUCCAAAGGCUUGGGUGAUCAACAAGGAAACACUGAUAAAGCUGUGGAUGGCGGAAGGUUUCCUAAGCUCGUCCACAACAAAAGAUAGAGAUCCAGAUUCGAUAGGGGAGGAGUGCUUUCGUGAAUUAAUAAUGCGUUCGUACUUCAAUCCUCAUGAAAGGAACAAAGACGGUGAGGUAACUUGCAUCAAGAUGCAUGAUCUGGUGCAUGACUUAGCCGCCUCUAUGAGUGGGCACUCUGUUGUGGAAAUCGACAAGGCACCUUUCAAAACAAGCAAGGCUCGCCAUCUGUCAGUUCUGCAUAGCAACUUUGAUUCCAUCGCCAGCUCUAUACAGAAGGAAAACCACGACUACACUCUAAAACUCUCCACUCUAAUAUUCAACAAUUCCAAAUGCAGAGUGAUUUCCAGAACAGUCUCGCCAAAUCUCUUUGCUCACAUGAAAUUUCUUAAGGUAUUGGAUUUCAGUUUUCUUAACCUUUCAGAAAUACCUGAUGAAGUGGGGAAAUUGAAGCAUCUGCGGUACCUAAACUUGUCUCACACAAAUCUACAAUCUCUUCCUGAAAAAGUUUGUGAUCUACAUAAUCUGCAGACUUUAGCCCUCAACGACUGCCAACAACUUUCGAAAUUGCCUGACAGUUUGGUUAAAUUAAGUGGCUUGAGACAUCUUGAAAUUCAAAGUACUCCUAAACUGCUAUACUUACCACAAGGAACUGGGAGGUUAACGUCCCUUCAGACGUUAUCCAAAUUCCCCGUGAGUAUCGUGAAACUGGGAUGCAGGAUUAGAGAGCUCCAGGACCUCAACAAACUGCAAGGCUGCAUAAACAUAAUAGGUUUGCAUACAGUGGAGAACUUCAAGGAGGUUAGUGAUGCUAAACUGAUGAACAAGGAGAAUCUCCACGAACUCCGGUUAGAUUUUUCACCGUACAAGCUGGAAAAUCUAGGAGAAGACGAGGUUAGAAAGACGGAGAGGGUGCUUGAAGACCUUCACCCACAUCCAAACAUAAAGAAAAUGACGCUCACUCAUUUUCUCGGGUCGAAGCUCCCAAGAUGGCUGGAGAAUGAUUCCUUGUUACCUAAUCUUCGCAGGUUAAAGCUACAAGAUUGCAUGAACUGUACAAUGUUACCUGCAUUGGGUAACCUACCAUCCCUUGAAGAAUUGUUUAUACAAAAUCUGGAUAGUAUUAAGGAUAUCGGGAAUGAGUUCUAUGGAAUUGGCAGUAGUUGCAAAUAUGUGAAGGAGCUAGCAUUCCCAAAGCUGGAAGAACUUCAUUUUGUUGAUAUGUCUAAAUUUGAGCACUGGGAUUUCAUUGCUCCAGAUGAGAAGAAGAUUAUGCCUUUUAUUCGAGAGUUGCAUAUUCGAAACUGCCCCAAAUUGAUUGUAUUGCCGCACUUCUUUCCAGAUACUUUGAAGAAUGUGGAUGUACCAGAUACCUUGAAGAAAGUGGGUGUAAGUCGUUGUGCAAAAUUGACUUCCUCUGCUCUCGAUAAUUUGGUUUGCAAGAAGGGUUGAGAACUUGAGAUGUGGGUAUUCAAGGUCAGCGGCAUCCACUAAGGAUCCUGAGAAAUGAUCUGAAUUCGUCCAGCAUCUCUGUUUUCAGAGUUCAAAAGUCAGAGUGAGCGGAAAGGAGCUGGGUUCUGAGGGGUGGAAUGUCAUACCUUGCGAGCACAAAAUCUUUACUCUUGGCACGAAUAUCCACAGGAGUAUGAAAAUAAUAGCUAAACGGUGUUUUGAGGUGCAAGCUCAGCCAACUAAGAUGGCUUCACUUAUAUCUACGAAAUCUCUUGUCUUCUAUCUUUCAGAAAGUGAGGAAAUCUGUAUGGUACCUGUGGCAAAGUUUCGUUUAUUAACAGUUGCUUCACUUUCUUAAACAACUAAUGCCGUAAGUUCGUACUUUUAUGUAACCAGAUUUGAUUCAGUUUGUAAGGAUUUUAAAUAGAACUUCAGGUGCCUAAUCAUUCUGUAAGCCGGAUAAGGAUAAUGUCUUUAUGUAAUUCAAUGUCCUGUGUACUCCGAGAACAUUUAGCUGCAUAAUUGAACCAUAAAAUCCAACCA